UACGGGACCCUACCCGACGCAAAUCCGGAUUAGUCGAGCUCCAAUGCGGGUUCCGAACACUGAAUGAAAAAAAAAAAAAGAGAUAAAUUUUAGGAAAAUAAAUAAGAGAGAGAUAGACAGUGUGUGUCUCUGUUUUCUCUGGUUUUGUCAGUUUCUACUCACCUUGGGGUCCCUUCAUAUUCCUCCUCUUCAUAUCUUUUUCAGUUCUUUUUACUCACACACUAAACAAAGCAAAAUUUACUUUAAUUGUAUUCAAACAAUAUUUAUUCCAAUGAUAUCUGAGCUUUUUUCAUUGUAAAUUAUUUGUGGGGCAUUCUGAGAAAAAAAAAAAAAAACAUGACAUGAUAUGAAUGUAUGUCAAUUACUAAUAACUAGCCUCAUUUUUAAGGUUGUUCUGUUCUUUUUUCUUUUCACUAAUUGCAUUAUAGUGUAUUGUGUGUGUGUAUAUGUUCAAGAAAAGCUCAAAGGUGGAGUCUUUGAUAUGUCCAGUGGCAAAUUAUGAACAUGAAGCCAGUGGGCUCUGAGUGAAUCUUGUUUUGCAUAGUGUAAGGAAAAUGUCAGUAAAAUCAAAGAAAGGAUGGAAAUCAGUGAUGCGCCUCAGUCUGAAGACCAAAUCAUCAGCAAAUUUCUGUUUGCUCCCUAAAACAAAGUCGGAUCGUUUUGGUCCUGGUGAGACACCAGUUUGUCUCAAUGUAUAUGACUUGACACCGAUGAAUAACUAUGUCUACUGGGCUGGCUUUGGCAUCUUUCAUUCUGGUGUGGAAGUUCAUGGUGUAGAAUACGCAUUUGGAGCUCAUGAUUACCCGACCAGUGGUGUCUUUGAAGUUGAACCGCGACAAUGUCCAGGAUUUAAGUUUAGGAAAUCAAUAUUUAUUGGGACUACCAAGUUGGAUCCAAGUCAGGUUAGAGAGUUCAUUGAACAUCAAGCUGCUGCCUACAACGGUGACUCGUAUCACUUGAUUGUGAAGAACUGCAACCAUUUCUGUAAGGAUAUAUGUUACAAGCUGACUGGGAAAAGGAUUCCAAAAUGGGUGAACCGGCUCGCAAAAUUAGGUUCAGCAUUCAACUGCAUGUUACCUGAGGCUUUGAAAGUUGCUGCUGUCGAAGACGAACCAAACAGCCCAGAAUACGUUAGUGAGAAGAGAAGACUGAGGAGCUCAUUCAGUUGUUUUUCUUCAAUUUCAACAAGACAGCACAAGUUAUCUACGCCUUCUUUGUUUAUACAGUCACCCCUUAAAGGCUGCUUACCUUCUUUGGAGUCCAAAAAGUCUACGAAUCGUUCCUCAAAGGAAAGGUAAACAUAAUGUACCCUCUUCCUACCCCAUGUGUUUUCGGAAAACCAAGAAAUGGUGAGAUCAACAUUCUUUAAAAAGGUAGUAGUAUACUAUUUGUAGUGUGGCAUUGCGCUGUAUGCAAUUUAUCUUGUUUGCUCCUUAUCCUUUUGAGUAAUUUCUGCCUAGUCCAUCGAUUGAUCAAACGAGUAUGCAUCCAGACAGAGUAACAGACAUUCCAAAUUCUCUUCUUAACAAAAGAUGUUGAUACAUUGAUUUGAUCAAGAGAAAUGAGCAAUCCGUCGGAGCAACGUAUCUACCAUUGCUAUAUUGUAUAUGCCCCAUCUCUGCAACAUGAAGAUGUCCAUUUGAACGAAGUUGUGAUGUUUUCCUGUUUAAGUUGCAGAAUGUUUCAAUCGUAAGUUGUUAAUAGUUGUUUAGGCUAUAUUUGAGACCAUGUAUUUGAGAUGUCUAAAGGUGAGAGUUCAAAAGGUUUAAUUUAGGUAGCUAUGUUUCCUUAUCGUUUA